AUGUCGCAAUCCAAUCAGCUUACUGAAACUGAUGCAAUGGAAUCCUCGGGUCCUUUGCGGAAAUAUCUUGUGGCAAAUGACCUUCAACUAUUGCCCGAAAAUGAAAUUCUCGGCCAAUCGCUUUCGCUAAACUCGGUCAUUUCGAUUUCGUCCUCCUUCGCUCGCCUGAUUCAGGAGUCCCGGUCUCACCCCGGGCUACGGAGCAUCAGCGAGAUUGGAGUUGGGCUACAAGGGGCGGUAUUUGAACAAGUUGGCGAGUGCUAUGUUUUUAAAAAUGAAAAGCCCGGAAAUGAGACUCUGCCCUCAAAUUUACGACAUGAAUAUCAAAUGCACUGUGCAGUUUCGGAUGCAUUUCAAUACUACAGCGGUACGACUUCCUGCUGGGUCCAAGUCCCCAAAACCUUUGAAUUAAUCUCGAGGAGCAAGCAUCAUCAGUUCUGGAACGAUAUCUUCCCCAUGAUUCCAUCUGUCUACCGAGAGUAUGGCGAUGUGGUGAAAAUGGAACGAAUCCUGCCCCUCCCCAAAGUUGUGCGAAGGGCUUUGCUAGACCACUUCUAUGGCUCUGAGAACCAGCUAGACUCAACUGAGCUCGACCGCGCUCUUAUGAACCCCGCAAAUAAGCAUUGUCUCGCACGAGUUUAUUUGGGCAGAGCUACUGGUGCAAUCCCUCGAGAACCAGUAUCGCUGAGGAACUUCCCUCUCUACCUGAAGUCUAUGAAUAGCUUUGUUAUGGACGUCGAGAAGUUAGCAAACGAAGUUGGCAAAGCAUAUGCUAUCAUGCACUGGGCUGCCUGUGUCAACAGUGAUGAUGUGGAGUUUGUCCUUGGAACAUCCAUCGCUCAGAAAAAAGGGUCAGAGUCCGAACCUCUUGACUUCCAGCAUCGCGAAUUAGGGCUUUAUCUGCUCGAUUUCGGACAAUGCGAAGAGGUGGAUAUUUCCCAAGAGCCAGAUGUGGUAUAUCAAGCUUUUAAAGGCACCAUGGUGACUGGCGAUAAUUGUCUCUUUAUUCCCAAUUACCGAUUAACACCCAGUCUGUUCGCAGCAUUCAAAAGUGGUUACUCUGAGGCGGGUGGGAUAAUAUUAGCGGAACGGAAGCUGAAAGACAGUUUCAAUAUUGAGGAUUUCAUACGCGAGUACGAGGUAUAUGCCGAGGACUUUCUUUGA